UCGAGUUUAUUAAGUGCAUUUUACUUUUCUCGUUUGCUUCAGUAACUAUGAGCUCUGGAAAGCAUUUGGCCAAAGGCUCUGCCAAGCCCGUUCUGCCCGAUGAUGGAGUCCUUCGUCUCUACUCGAUGCGCUUCUGUCCCUAUGCCCACAGGGCCCAUCUCAUGCUGAAUGCCAAGAAGCUGGACUACCACACCGUAUUCAUCAAUCCUAUCGAGAAGCCGGAGUGGCUGGGGGAGGUGAGCCCGCUGCUGAAGGUUCCUGCUCUGCAUGUGGUGACGGAAAAGGGCCAGCCCUCGCUCAUCGAGUCGCUGAUCAUUGCCGAGUAUUUGGACGACAAGUAUUCGCAAAACCCGCUCCUGUCCAAGGACGCACUGAAGCGGGCCCAGGACAAGAUUUUGCUAGAGCGCUUCAACGGUAUCACCAAUGCCUUUAUUAAGAUAUUAAUGCAAAAUACUGGCCUGGAUGACUUCUGGACUGCCCUCGACAUCUUCGAAGAGGAGCUGACCAAGCGUGGUACUAGCUUCUUCGGCGGCGACAAUCCUGGCUUCGUGGACUACAUGAUCUGGCCCUGGCUAGAGCGCCUGGCAUUAAUUGAGUAUCUGCUAAAAGACAACUACACUUUUGACGAGAAGCGAUUCGCUAAGAUGGCCCAGUUGAUUUUCCUUCUAAAGGAGGAUGAGGCAGUCAAGGGCUUCUACGCCACUCCCGAGCAGCACCAAGAAUUCUGGCGUGGCCGCCAGGCCGGCAAUGCCAGCUACGAUCUGCUGGCUUAGAUCAAACAAAUAUGUAGUCUCAACUUUUCAACUCAAGUUUUUAAAAUGAAGUAAGAAAAUAAAAUAUUAAAAAAGAAAAAAUGGGAAACAAAACUUAAAAAAGAAAAACAGAAAAUAACAAAUAAAAGUAUU